CAUCAAUUUGCGCCAACAGGGAAUGCAGAAAUUUGUUGUGAUUUCUUUAAUUUUUUUCUUUUGGAUUCGAGUAAUGUUUUUAAAAAUAAAAAGAUUCAGGACGUGUAGCCUAGUCUGCGAAGGACAGAAGAUACAUUUUUAUGAUUUUACAGAGGAUGAAAGGCACCUAAUCUGUUGUAAAUAAUCUAGUAACGUUCAAACAUACGUUAUAAUCCAUAAUGGCUACCGUGGAGUAUGAUCUGGAUACUUCAGGGGGACUUAUGCCCCAAAUACAAGCGCUUAUUGCUCCUCCUAUAAGCGACGAAGCUGCAAAAGCCAAGAAAAAGGAAGGGAAAGAACUUCAUCCCUAUUAUAAACGACCAGGGAAAGGUCAUAAUCAUGACUGUUGUGAUUCUUGUGGCGAAGGAGGAGAUCUUCUAUGUUGUGAUAAAUGUCCAGCUUCGUUUCAUCUUCAGUGUCACGACCCUCCACUUGAUGAGGCAGAUAUUCCAAUUGGUGAAUGGCUGUGUCAUUGCUGCAGGCUCUCUGCUGUUAAGGUGGAUAAUACAGCAUCAGAUACCAGUAUUAGUGUAAAAAAUGAAGUAAAGUUGCCAAGAGAAGUUAAAGAAGUCAUGCAUUUGAAGUCUUUGUGGGCAGAAUUGGCUCCUUCCACACCAACAUGUAGAGGACGCCUACGAGGGAAAAGGGAGACAGCAGAGGUAUCCAUAAGUGAGAAACGACCAAGGAAGGAUGAAAGUUCUUCACUGGUCUCACAUCCUAUGGAUGUAUUGGUGAAAGCUGCAUCGGCCAUGAACCCAAAGCAGUUUGAAUUACCCAGAGAAAUGGGAAUGAGUAUUCCAUUUCCAGGAACAGAUAAGGCACCUGGUCCAAGUAAAAUUACCAGCAGACGGAAUUCUGUGGCUAAGAAGAAACCAUAUGAAUUGGAUAACGGGUUGGUUCCUCUUCCUGUGAAAGUGUGUUUUGAGUGCAGGAAGAGCUGCCGGAAAGCUCCUCUUAUUGCCUGUGAUUACUGCCCCCUGCUGUUUCAUCAGGAUUGCCUUGAUCCUCCACUCACAUCCUUACCUGCAGGCAGAUGGAUGUGUCCAAACCACCCGGAACAAUAUUUAGAUUGGAAGUUACUGAUGUCUUGUAGUGCUACAGAGCGAUUGAAAUUGUGGGAUCGUUAUGCUGGACCUAUAGACCAGGAUGCUGUAAAAGUGGAGUUUUUCAGGAAAUCACACAGAAGAAACCCCCCUUUUAGAUUCAAGGUUAAACUACCACCGAGAAAUAGAGUCAGAGUUCCUCAUGCAGUCAAGGAACAGUACAGGUUUCCUCUGCCUCUUAUCCCCUCUUUACGUGACAUUCUGAGAGAAGGGGAAUACCAAACAGGUGUUGCAGAAAGGAGAAAUAUUUCCUUUGGAAAUGUUGAGGGGCGAAAGGCAACUCCAGAGGAACAAGAACAAUGGUUGAGCAGUGUUGUGGCACUUCAGACCAGCAUUGCUUGUCACUUAUCAACUCAUAAACUGCAGGAAGUACAAAAAUCAGCCGGUAUGAUUACAGACAGUGAACAUGUUAUCACAAAGUCUUCUCAUUCUUCAACACUGGACAGUGUCCCAAUGUCACCAGCAGAUAUUUGUAGCAGUAGUGGUGACAGCAACAAUAGCAUCAGCAACAGCAAUAACAACAACAACAACAACAACACAGUGAUAACAGGUUCUUCAAAUAGUGCAUGUUGCAGUAGUAAUUCAGGACUCCCCCUCGUAAGCCAUAACAAUGGGAGUCCAGCACGGACGUUUGUAAUGAAUGGCAGUUUACAACUAGAAUCUGCGCCAUGCAAUAGAACAUUUGGAUUAGUGAAUGGACCAAUAUCAUUGCUCAAAGAUAAGCAAGUGUUUUCAUCUUCCUUAACGAAUCCUUCACAACAAAAUGGGAAGUUCAUUAGUAAUAGUAAUAAUAGCAACAAUCACAAUAGUCACCGGAACAAUAACAGUAAUGUGAAAGAAGAUACAAACAUAGUGAGUGCUCAGUGUCAGAAGACUUGUGCUGGGUUUGGUGGUACCAUAAUUCAUCAUAGUAGUAACAACAACAAUAAUAAUAGCAUCAAUGAUAACAAUAACAACAGUAAUAAUAAUAGUAACCAUAACCAUACUGGCAGCAGCAGCAACAAUAACAACAGCAACAGUAGCAGCAGCAGCAACAACAAUAACAACAACAACAUGAGUAGUAAUAAUAAUAAUAAUAAUAAUGGUGCUGGGAGCAAGUGUGUUGGAGGACCAACAAACCAGAUAGUAACAACAAAAGUUGUUAAACCAGGCUCAUCAUCGAUCUUACAGCCUCGUUAUGGUUGCCCACUGACAUCAGUAGUACGACCACAGGUUGGAAAGCUCGCUGUUGUAGCCACAACGCAGCAAACAUCAGUAGCUCCUUCAGGGACAAAACUGGUCACUCUCAGAACUGCAGGGAAGUGUAGUCCAACAUCAAAUCUUGUGGUAAAUUCCUUCUCGAGUAAGGGUUCAGUUACAACACUUACCACACCAUCAGCUGUUGCCAAUCUCAGUACACAGCUUCAGGCUAUGUUGGUUGGAUCCGCUGAUAAUGAGCUCAGCAAAUUAGAUGAGAGGUUAAUUCAUUUGUUGGCAUACCAAAGGCUUCAGCAGCUUCUCCCUAACACUGCUUCCCCAUCAACUUCACCUGACCCUCAGCCAGCAUCAUCCCCACCCAUCAGCUCUGUUCCACUAUCUCCUACCCCAUGUACUUCAUCACAAACCACACAACCUAAUGUCACCAACCCUGUGCCAGCAAUUGCCAUGCAUCAUCAGCCUCACAUUGUGCAGGCAAGGGCAAUUCUUUGCCCACUUACUUGUCGAGGAUCACCAUGUUCUAUGCCUUACCGAACUCUGACAGUUGGAACAGGUGCUGAUAUGGAUGUGGUGUUGGUCAAUUAUGGUCACUGUAAUUUUGUUUCACCAAAACAUGCCUCAAUAUUUUAUGAUGAGACAACAAAACAUUAUGAGCUUUUGAACUACAGUGAACAUGGAACAACGGUGGAUAAUGUUCUGUACUCCUGUGAUUUUUCUGAAAAAAUGGGUCCACCACAGCCUCCACUAGGGCCUUCUAAACUUAAUCCACUUGUCAAAACAAUCCGUGAGAUUGUGGACAAGAGAAGAGGUGUUCGAAGAAAAAUGCAAGAGGCUGAGGAAGAAGCCACACUCUCCUUCAUGACAGCUAGAUCUGGCAAGGAUUCACGGAAAUGCAGUUGUCGUACAAGCAGCUCGAGCCUGAUAGGUGGAAGUGGAGCAGGAUGGGAAGGUACGGCACUUCUCAAUCAUGGUUCCUACAUCAAGUUUGGCUGCCUUCAGUUUGUGUUCAGCAUUACGGACUUUGCUUCAGCAGCAGCUGCAUCUAGUAACACAAAACAUCAGGCUCUUGCAGAAUGUGUUGAAACCUGUGCCUCGUUAUCAUCUGCAGCAAAGCAGAUCUCUGAUGUUGGUGAGCAGCCCUCAUAGCAUUUGUUGAGCUUAAUGGGGACUCGAGCAUGUUUAUUCAAGAAACUGUGAUGUUGAUGUUUCUGUGUAUGGACACGUGUGUUGAGGAGUUGCUUUGGAUGGAGAGAAGUACCCCCUGUCACAGGGUGGCUAUAGAGUAUGUACUUUUUUCAUAUCAUAUCAUAGUGAGUAAUUUCAGACAGAUUCAUAUGAAAUAUUUGUCUUUUGAUUAUUUUAAUGGUGCUUUUGUAUUAUUUUAGUGUAGUGAUAUUUGUGCUGGAGACUGAAAUUACAGAAUGUAUUUUCUAAAAAUAUAUAGUAAGCAAUUAUUAUUUUAAAAGAAGUAACAGAACUGUUGGCUUCUCCAGAGGGACUCAGUUUCAUGGAGUUAGCUAGCUAGUUAGCAGUAAUAGUCACUUUAUGGUUUCCUAAUGACAUGUAAAAUUUAUAAAUACAAUUUUUCGUCACAUUUUCCCUGACUCAAGUGCAGUUACAUGUCAUGGUGUACAGUGCGGUAAGAAAUAUAUAAAAAUUACUGAUUUGAAAACAGUUUCUUUUAACUUGGGAUUUCCUGAAGAAAUGUGGAAAUAGUAUUUUCAGAGUGCUGGUUUCAUUACUUGGAAAUAUGUUUCAGAUUUCCAUUCCAGUAUUAGGAUUUUAUACAAGAAGAUCACUGUAUGUCUGAUGGUUUAAUGUGUUGAUCCUCUGAGUAAUUGUGGUCAAGUCUGGUGCAUAGUGUGUUCAGUGUUUGUUAUCUGAAACUGCUUUGUAUGCAUUGGUUAACAGUAGAAAAACUAACCUGCCAUAAUUUACAAAAAUAUGAAAAUUUGAAAAUAGUAGGGGGUAGUGGGAUUGUGCUAUGCCUGAAGCAUCUAGAUCUUGCUUCCUGCUUUUGAAGCAGUUCCAGGGUAGUCAAUAUAUGAUUUAUGGCUGAUAAAGUAGCACUUAGAAUAUUUCAGUUUUCCACCACCAGCAGUUAUUACAUCAGUUGUCUACUCAUCUUGAGGUGUGCAGUAGGCCUGACUGGCCAGUAUUACAACCUUAGUCUGCUGUCUGAUACGUCAUUUGGUUGGAUUCUCUGAGUUAAAAUGUUAAAGAACAUAACUGGAUGUGUUUGCUUUUUGUCAGUACAACCCAUAUAGUUGGUUUUGAACGAAAAAUUGUAACCUGAGUUAAUUUUUUAUUAUGAUAGUAUAAUUCAGUCAUGUAUGAAUCUUAAGAAAGUGUUCAAGAAAGUGUUUGGGUAUAAACUUGAAGCAUUCCUGGCAUGAAGGUUAUAAUUUUGGAAAAUUACACGUGUGUUGAAUUAGGUUAUAGUCAUGAGUAUUUGAAGGUUAAGAUAUAUUCCUCUUGUAUAAAUUCUCAUUACUUCUUAGCAAAAUAUAGAUUUGGUAUCAUAACAAAUCAUAUAUUAGGCAGUUUGGUUACAUGUUUUUAAUUGAGCUGUUUUAUGCCAUAUGCAGGUAUUACAGGUAUUUCCAAGUGCAGUUAUAAUAUCCAGAAAGAACUUGAUGUUUUAGACUUAAUUUUAUAUUACAUAUUAGGAAAAUGUGUUUGAAAAUAGUAGAUUCCAUAAUUAUUUCGUGUGAUUUAAUAUUUAUUAUAACAAAUUGAAAUACAAAUUCCAAAUAAAUACUCAUACAUCUUAUGGUGUCCUGUAAGAAUUGGCAGCAAUUUCAGAGAGAGGCACAUGAGAAGCUGUCAUACUUUCCCUGUGCUUAAACAAUUAAGUGCUUUGCCAUUUUCUUACCAUGCACAUUAUAGUUUUAUGCAUUUGUAUUUUUUCGUAAGUGAAAUUCCCAAUCAGAAAUUGUUACAUUAGCUGGACUUCUGAUGCAUUCUUUGCACAGAGUGCCUAGUGUGAGGGUUAUGCAAAUUUUCAAGAUUCUUAAGUUAUUUGCCUUGACUGGCUUUAAGUUCCAGGUCCUUCAUAAAAUUUGCUCCCACUUUCUUACCCUUGUUCAGAUUAUAAACAGUGAAGAACCAAUGAAGCCAAGAUUUAUAAUUUGUUCAUUAUGUCUCUCCUGUUUCUCUGUUAACAUGUAUGAUGAUGGAGCCAUAGAUACUAGUGUAACCAUGUGCACUGGAUGAUUUAUACUAUUUUUUGUCAUUUUGCACAGGUCAGAAAAGGAUUCUGAAUGAAGACAGGGGAAAUAAAUGAAAAAAGAUUCUGUUAUAGGGCAAUAUCAGCUAUAUUAACCUUUAACGAAGAAUGUUUUAUAUAUAUAUAUAUAUAUAUAUAUCAGCAAGUAACACCCCGCUCUGGCCAAGGCAUGACACUGCUCAUUUUGGGAGUGCUGACAGUUUGAUCUUGGGUUUGAAAUCAAUACAAACCCACACAAGGUCAUGUCAGUGGUUCCUCAGUGGUUCAUUCCUUAGCUAUGAACAAUGAAAUCGUCUGUCAAGGUUGAUAGUAUUUACGUUUAGAUAUGACUGUUUAUGACCUAGUCAGCCAAAUAGAGCCCAGUUUUAUUUUGAGAACUGAGGAGUAAAUAUGCAUCUAUGCUUGCAGAUUAGUGCUUCUAGGGCUUUCAAGGAUUGGUUUUCAGUAGGGCAUUAUCAGCUAGGAAGUCAGUGUCGGACUGUCAUAUAUUUCUUUGUAUAUCAUUUUUAUUUUGUGACUCGGAAGAGGUAUAAACCCACUGAGCCAGUAUUACUUUGUAAAUAAAAGGCAUCUUUGUCACUGUGACUUUUGGUAUCAGUGUCGGACUGGCACUCAUUUCGACUAGUAUUAUAAUUACUUUGCAUCAUUACGAGUAUUUUGUGAGUAAUACUAAGAGUGUUGCUUUGUCAGUCAACAUAAUUUAUUCGAUUUAGCUGGAAACCCUCCUCCCCCAAGACAUCUUCAAGUGCACGAGGCGAAUAUCAUGGUCAGUGGCAUUUCUUGGGGGAGGCAAAGUUCAUCUGGGGCCCAACUGAGUCGACUGGAGGUCACA